AUGCGUGCAGCCGGAGAGAGUACUUACCACACCUCAGCCGCAGGUGAUUUGCCGCCUGCUGCUGUGAACAGUGCACGUGGUGAGCCACCACGUGCGACAGGUACAUCCGCUGCGUCUGCAUCGGAUAUUACGAGUCGUAAUCGAGAUGAGUCUGAAAUAGAACUCAUCUAUUCCGGCGAGUCGCAUGAUGUAUCCGACUCGAAGGCGACACCUCAAGCCUCCGUAUCACCCGAGGCGGACACUGCAAGAGCCAGGUUGACUGUCUCUGGUAAACGUGGCGGCAUCACGCUUGAGAACUUUGGAUCGAGCGAUUGUUCCGAAGAAUCUCCGCCUCACGCGAGUCCAUCCAGCGAUAGGACGCGUGGUGAUGGUGGUGAUACACCUAUCAUCACCACGAGCGAAGUAACUCGAAGGAUCGAAGUGUCACUGGUGUCAGUGAUCGUGCUGACACCAAUCAAGAGGCCAGGGACCGAAAUGUCCUGCGCCACGCUCCUUAAUUGGAGUUCCUUGGAUGCCUUCAUACAAAGAGUUGGACCGGUUGGCCGACAUGACUACCUAACGGGAUCGAAUUUCGUUAUUCGACUGUAG